AUGGAGCAGGGUGGUGCUGACACUGGGGGGGCUGGCGGCACGGCUCCCUCCAAAGCCGAGGGGGGAGCCCCCCAGGAUCCCCAGCCCCAAGCGGGGACAGUGCCAGCAGCCACCGCGGCACAGGAUGAAGGCACAGCUGAACCUGGCCAGGAGAAAGCUGCAGGAGAGGAAGCGGGGACAGUGCCAGCCGCCACCGCGGCACAGGAUGAAGGCACAGCUGAACCUGGCCAGGAGAAAGCUGCAGGAGAGGCUGGAGGAGGGAAGACAGAGCCCGAGCAGGAGACACCUAUGGCUGCUCCAGAGCCCCAGGACGGACGGGAAGCAGUUCCAGGAGAGAAGGCUUUGGCGGUGCAGCAUGAUGGAGCACAGGCAGCAUCUGUCGGGGAGAAGGUGCCGGCUGCCACGGAGGCCCAGGGUGUAGGGAAGAAAGAUAAGCCUGGAAAGAAGAAAGCUCCAGCUGCAGGAGAGCUCCAAGGAGGAAAGGCUUCAGCUGCUGCAAAAGCUAAAGAUGGAGGGAAGGAUGAGCCCAUGGAGGGGAAGGGCCUGGCUGUAACUGAGGCACGGGAUGGAGGAAAGGACAAGCCUGAGAAGGAGGAAGCACCUAGGGGGUCAGGGGUUGAGAGCAGUGGAAAAACAGAGUCCACUGAGGAGAAGGCUCUGGCUGCAGGAAACUCCGAAGGAGGGAAGGCAAAACCUAUGGAGGAGACAGCCUUGGCUGCUACUCAGACUCAGGAUGGAGGCAAAGGGGAGCCUGCAAAGGAGAAAAUCACAGUGGUUGCAAAACAGGAGCUCUCAGCCACUGCUAAAGCUCUGGAUAAAGGGAAGCAAGAUGCAAAAGCAGAACAAGCCACAGCUGAUAGCAAGCCUGCAAAGGAGAAGCCCCCGAAUGCUGAAAAGGCUCAGAGUGGGGAGAAUAAAGUGUUAAAGGCAGAAAAAGCCCCAGCAGUUAAAAAGCCUCCAGAUGGAGGCAAAGAGGAACCCACAAAGCAGAAGGCUCCAGCUCCAGUGAAGGAGAAAGCCCCAGCUUCAGUGAAGGAGAAAGCCAUAAUUCCUGCAAAGGAGAAGCCCAUAAUUCCUGCAAAGGAGAAAGCCCCAGAUGCUUCCACAGCUCAGGAUGGAGAGAAGCCAGAAGAAAAGGUAGAGAAAACACCAGCUGAAAAAAUGGCUCAAAGUGGAGGCAAAAAAGAGCCUGAAAAGGAGAAGUCCCCAGCAGCUCUGAAGGUGCAGGAUGGAGGGAAGAAAACUGCAAAGGUGGAAAAACCCACAGUUGCAUCAAAGGCUGGGGAUGAAGGGAAAGAUCCUAAAAAGGAGAAGGUCCUGGCUACUACAAUGGAGAAGUCCCCAGCAGCUGUAAAAGUGCAGGAUGGAGGGAAGAAAACUGCAAAGGUGGAAAAACCCACAGUUGCAUCAAAGGCUGGGGAUGAAGGGAAAGAUCCUAAAAAGGAGAAGGUCCUGGCUACUACAAUGGAGAAGUCCCCAGCAGCUGUAAAAGUGCAGGAUGGAGGGAAGAAAACUGCAAAGGUGGAAAAACCCACAGUUGCAUCAAAGGCUGGGGAUGAAGGGAAAGAUCCUAAAAAGGAGAAGGUCCUGGCUACUACAAUGGAGAAGUCCCCAGCAGCUGUAAAAGUGCAGGAUGGAGGGAAGAAAACUGCAAAGGUGGAAAAACCCACAGUUGCAUCAAAGGCUGGGGAUGAAGGGAAAGAUCCUAAAAAGGAGAAGGUCCUGGCUACUACAAUGGAGAAGUCCCCAGCAGCUGUAAAAGUGCAGGAUGGAGGGAAGAAAACUGCAAAGGUGGAAAAACCCACAGUUGCAUCAAAGGCUGGGGAUGAAGGGAAAGAUCCUAAAAAGGAGAAGGUCCUGGCUACUACAAUGGAGAAGUCCCCAGCAGCUGUAAAAGUGCAGGAUGGAGGGAAGAAAACUGCAAAGGUGGAAAAACCCACAGUUGCAUCAAAGGCUGGGGAUGAAGGGAAAGAUCCUAAAAAGGAGAAGGUCCUGGCUACUACAAUGGAGAAGUCCCCAGCAGCUGUAAAAGUGCAGGAUGGAGGGAAGAAAACUGCAAAGGUGGAAAAACCCACAGUUGCAUCAAAGGCUGGGGAUGAAGGGAAAGAUCCUAAAAAGGAGAAGGUCCUGGCUACUACAAUGGAGAAGUCCCCAGCAGCUGUAAAAGUGCAGGAUGGAGGGAAGAAAACUGCAAAGGUGGAAAAACCCACAGUUGCAUCAAAGGCUGGGGAUGAAGGGAAAGAUCCUAAAAAGGAGAAGGUCCUGGCUACUACAAUGGAGAAGUCCCCAGCAGCUGUAAAAGUGCAGGAUGGAGGGAAGAAAACUGCAAAGGUGGAAAAACCCACAGUUGCAUCAAAGGCUGGGGAUGAAGGGAAAGAUCCUAAAAAGGAGAAGGUCCUGGCUACUACAAUGGAGAAGUCCCCAGCAGCUGUAAAAGUGCAGGAUGGAGGGAAGAAAACUGCAAAGGUGGAAAAACCCACAGUUGCAUCAAAGGCUGGGGAUGAAGGGAAAGAUCCUAAAAAGGAGAAGGUCCUGGCUACUGCAAAGGCUUGGGAUGGAGGGAAGAAAGCUGCAGAGGUGGAGCCUCCCACACCUGGAGCAGAGGCUGGAGAUGGGGCUGCAGAGCCCACGGAGGCAGCAGCCAUGGCUGUAGUGAAGGCUCAGGGUGAAGGGGAGGAAGUGUCCAAGGGGACAGAGGGACAGCCACCAGCAAUCCCCGAGCCCCUGCGCCCGGCUCUGCUGCAGAGCCUGAGCUGCCCAGCUGCCUGCCACAGGGAGGAGCAGCCCUGGGCAGAGGUGGCAGAGAUGGAGACAAUAGAAGAGGAGACCACGAUUGUGGAGACAAAAGAGGGUCCGACAGAGCCUGGCUCUGGCCAGCGAGCCCUGGGGGACCUGCAAACCCAGGAACCCCCUGGCACCCUUCAGGAGAGGACAUUGCCCAGUGCCAUAGGGCAGCCCCUGGAUCCUGCUGGGGUUGCAGAGCAGCCUGGACCUGGGGUGCAACCAUCUUUGACAGAGGCAAAGCCACCCCCCAGCCCCUACCUCACCCCCGAUUUUGGAAAGGAAGACCCUUUUGAGAUAUUGGAUGAUGUCCCUCCGCCGCCAGCGCCCUUUGCUCAUCGCACCGUCACCCUGCGCUCCGCCAAUGUCAGCUCCCAGUUCAGCCUCAGCUCCAAGGACAUCCUGGGGGGGGGCAAGUUCGGUGAAGUUCACACAUGCACAGAGAAGGAGACGGGGCUCAAGCUGGCAGCCAAAGUGAUCCGGAAGCAGGGACCAAAGGACAAGGAGAUGGUGCUGCUGGAGAUCGAUGUGAUGAAUCAGCUGAACCACCACAAUCUCAUCCAGCUCUACGAUGCCAUCGAAACGCCCCGGGAGAUCAUCCUCUUCAUGGAAUUUGUGGAGGGUGGUGAGCUCUUUGAGCGGAUCAUCGACGACGACUACCACCUGACAGAGGUGGACUGCAUGGUGUUCGUGCGGCAGAUCUGCGAGGGCAUCCGCUUCAUGCACCACAUGUGUGUCCUCCACCUCGACCUCAAGCCUGAGAACAUCCUCUGUGUCGCUGCCACCGGGCACAUGGUGAAGAUCAUCGACUUUGGGCUGGCUCGAAGGUACAAUCCCAAUGAGAAGCUGAAAGUGAACUUUGGCACCCCUGAAUUCCUCUCCCCUGAGGUGGUCAACUACGAGCAGGUCUCCUAUACCACGGACAUGUGGAGCAUGGGCGUCAUCACCUACAUGCUGCUCAGCGGCCUCUCCCCCUUCUUGGGUGAGGAUGACACCGAGACACUGAACAAUGUCCUGACUGCCAACUGGUACUUCGACGAGGAGACCUUUGAGAGCGUCUCCAAUGAGGCCAAGGACUUCGUCUCCAAUCUCAUCAUCAAGGAUAAGAGUGCCCGGAUGAGUGCUGACCAGUGCCUGCAGCAUCCCUGGCUCAAUAAUCUGGCAGAAAAAGCCAAACGCUCCAACCGGCGGCUCAAGUCCCAAGUGCUGCUCAAGAAAUAUGUCAUGAGGCGGCGCUGGAAGAAAAAUUUCAUCGGGGUGUGCGCUGCCAACCGUUUCAGGAAGAUCACCAGCUCGGGGUCCUUGACAGCACUGGGCAUCUGAGCUGGGCUCCCCGGGGAGCCGAGGCCAGAAAGGAACCACUUGAGAGGGGCCCCCACCAGUCUGGAGCGGCUCUGUCGAGCUGGUCCCACUGCACUCAGGACCACAUCACCGCUGGGGGUGCUCGCAGUGGCCUUGAGGCUCCUGAGGCUCCAGCCCUCCUCACUCCCACCGAGCCGAUGCUCCUGUCGGGAUUUCCUCAGACUGUGAGGCUGCUCUGGACUGAAGGUUUCUGAUGUCAUCUCUAGCUCUGUGCUGGCUGCGUGAUGUCCGACCUCCAGCAUCUCUGCUCUGCUCACGCUUCCUUCUCGUGCCCUCGGGGGAGGAAGGCCAUUCCGGUGUGAUCCCGCCGCCUCGGCUACCUGGUGCUUGCUGCUUUGGACUCAAAAUGUGCCCUCUCUGCCUGUAAAUGCCGCAGCCCUGCCUGCCUUCACUGCCGCUGGCCCCUGCGCUGCCCGACCUCCCUUCACAGCUCUGUGGCUCGGCGAUGAUGCUGGAGGGCACCGCUGACCCUCACCCUGGUGCUUUGGCACCGGAGCCGGGGCUCAAGCACCUCCUCCUGGCCAGCUGGGCAUGUGGGAGCGGAGCUGGCCCCGAGCUGCUGCUCGCACAGGAAGGGAGGAAGCAGCAAGCUCGCUUCCAGCGGCGUCCCCAGCUGGGAGCCAACGAGGAAAGAAGGAGGCUUUGUGUUCCCCUUGCCCUCCCUGCCCUUCGGUUCUGCCAGCGGGGGAAAAACACAACCUCUGCUUCACCCGUCCCCGGCAGAUCGCGAUGAGUGAGGCGGGCUAAUGCAGAGCAGCUGCCCCUCGCUCCGGCCGGCAGCGCUCACCCGACCACCAACACAGCGGAACUGCUCCCCGCUCCGGCCGCCAGCUCCCCCGCCUGCGCGGGGCUCCGCGGGACCUGCUGCGACUGGGGAGAGGGGUACUGCUGCUCCAGCGCCUUGUCCCGAUCCCCGUCCUCUCUGCCUGCAGCCCUCGGGCCUCCCCGGUGCUGCCAGAGGGUGGGCAUCCCCUGGGAUUUGCAGCAUCCAGCCUUGCCCGCUGCAGGAGGGGAUGGGGGGUUGGCAACAGGUCCCCCAACUUGGGCUUUUGCCAAAGGCUGUGUGUUUGCUCUGCAGCUGCCUUUGCCCUCUGUGUCUGCUGGAAAAGCAUUGGGCAGAGACACGGGGAGACAUUGCCCUUCACCCCUACACUGGCUGCAGCAGGGGAAGGGGCUUCAGGCUUGUCCCCACUGGGCAGGAGCCACGGCCGGUGGGACCCUGCCUAUCUAUAAUGGAGCUCUCCACAAUGCUCACCUUCUUGUAAAUAAAUGUACAGGU